CGCCUCUGUAGUAUCGUAUAUAAGUGGAAGCGUUGCAGCUGCAUCCACACUCAGCCAUGAUGUGCUUGCUCGCUCUCUUCGUGCUGAUUGGAGUCAGCGUCACCUCUUGCAGGCAGCUCCCAAACCCACUUGUUGUGGGCGAGUAUGCCAGUCUGAUGAAUUCAGAUUAUGACAGGCAAUACGACUACUACACAGGACCUACCGAGGCACCCCGAACAACCAAAGCCCCAACAACUAAAGCCCCGACAAUCAAGCCGCCAGACUCUGGAGCCUGCCAGUGCGGCGUGGCCAAUCCCACGCGCAUCGUGGGUGGGACGGAGGUGUCCCCCGCCCACAAGUACCCGUGGCAAGUAGGCCUUGGGAAGGACGGCUACUACGGCUACAGCUGUGGGGGAUCUAUCAUCAACAACCGCUACGUUCUGACGGCUGCUCACUGCUUCUUCGACAAGUACGGAAACCGCCUCUCGGACGAGGGGCUCGUGGUCGGCGUUGGCGACCACGUCAUGACCUCGUCGGACGAUGACGUGGCAGGAGCAACCAAGUUCAUCCCGGUGGCUAAAGUCAUCCUUCACGAGAACUACAAGCCGAGCGCUUAUGACUACGACAUCGCGCUGCUGCAGCUGGGUCUGGUGCUCGAUCUGGCGAGUCAGAAACAGGUUCGGGCCGUGUGCCUGCCCGACGACGACUCCAAAACCUACGCAGGCGCGGACGCCGUCGCCUCGGGGUGGGGUGCCCUGAAGGAGAACGGCUCCCAGCCAGACGCUCUGAGGGAGGUCACGCUGCCCAUCCUAGACCCAAGCUGCUGGGGCCAGUCGGUGACCGAAAGGAUGCUGUGCGCAGGAUACAAGGAGGGUGGCAAGGACACCUGCCAGGGAGACUCCGGAGGACCUCUGUGUGUGAAGGAGAGCAGCAAGUUUGUUCAAGUUGGAGUAGUUUCCUUUGGCGACGGCUGCGCCAAGGCUGAGAGCCCCGGUGUCUAUGCACGAGUGACCAAGUUCCUGGCGUGGAUCAAGACGAAGACAGCGGACGCCACCUACUGCUGAACAUCAUUACCUUGCUAUAGCCGUCUCCUUGAAUCCUUUCCAGCUCCUUAUGUUACAAAAAAAUCGAAUUUCCAGAUGGAUGGUGACUGUCCCAAAUAAAUUUAGUUGCAUGCUCAAUCAGAUUUAUAUAUCUACAUCCUAAAGAAGACCACUAUGUAUCACAAUGUUCAUGUUAAAUUGUUUCAGUCUUAUAAACCAAAAUAUAGUUCAUAUAAACCUCAAAUAAAUAUGACCAGCAUA